AUGUCAAAGUCAGGACCACUUGAACCUGUUACCAGUGAGAUAAAAACACCUCUGGGUGAUAUUACUGGAGAAAUCUCUCCAGACUAUAGCUCUGACUCGCUUUACAGCAAACCGAAAACCGAGUCAAAAUGGACCCGAUUUGUUGACUCUUUUAAGAGAAAACAAUCAGGGGAAGCAGAAGGUAAGCAACUUGCAAAGGGUAUUAGCAGAAGACACUUGACCCUCAUGGCACUUGUUACCGGUGUCGGUACUGGUUUGCUUGUUGGGUCAGGUAAGUCUCUUCAUAAUGCUGGUCCUUUGUUUUUGGUUGUGGGUUAUGCUAUUGUUGGUUCGUUCUUAUAUCCAACUUUACAAGCCGCCGGAGAAAUGGCUGUGAAUUAUUCCGAACUUUCUGGAGGUUACAAUAAUUAUCCAAGAAAAUUCAUCGAUGAGUCGAUUGCAUUUGCUGUAACUUGGAAUUACUGUAUCCAGUGGCUUUCCGUGAUUGCCCUUGAAUUGGUAACGGCUUCUAUUACCAUCAAGUACUGGAAUACAUCGAUCAACUCUGACGUUUGGGUCGCUAUUUUCUUUGUCCUUAUUGUCUUUAUCAACUUUGUGGGCGCCAAAGGUUAUGGUGAAGGAGAGUUUGUCUUUGGAUGUCUCAAGUUGUGUAUGAUUACUGGGUUCAUUAUCAUGGCCAUCGUGGUGGAUGUUGGUGGUGGUCCUCAGAAGAAGUAUAUCGGAGGAAAGUUUUGGCAUGAUCCCGGUUACUACACCAACUUUAAAGGGUUGUGCUCUGUGUUUGUUACCGGUGCUUUUUCCUUGGGUCAAUCGGAGUUUGUGGCUUUGUCUGCCGCUGAACAACCAAACCCAAGAGUUGCAAUUCCUGCCGCUUGUAAGUUAAUCUUCUGGAGAGUGUUAAUUUUGUUCUUGGGUUCCUUGACAAUGGUUGGUCUUUUGGUGCCUUACAAUUCAGACCAAUUGAUGGGUUCUCAGGGUGGUGGAUCCCAUGCAUCUCCAUUUGUUCUUGCUGCUGCUUUGCAUGGAGUUCACGUUGUUCCCCACAUCAUCAACGCUGUUAUUCUCUUUUCGGUUGUUUCCGUGGCAUCUUCAGCAUUGUACUCGUCUUCAAGAACCUUACAAUCGCUUUCAGAACAGGGGUUUGCUCCAAGUUACUUCAACUAUAUUGAUAGAGAAGGACGUCCCUUCAGAGCAUUGUGCAUCUGUACCUUUUUUGGACUCUUUUCCUUCAUUGCUGCUUACAAGAAGCAGGAGACAGUCUUCAAUUGGUUACUUGCAAUCUCUGGUUUGUCUCAAGUGUUCACCUGGACUGCCAUCUGUGUUUCCCAUAUUCGUUUCCGUUACGCUCUCAAAUACAAUGGCAUUUCCACGGACGCUUUGGGAUACAAGGCCAGCACCGGUGUCAUUGGCUCGGUGUACGCAACGGUUAUUCUCAUGUUGAUCUUGGUUGCUCAAUUCUGGAUUGCCUUGUAUCCAAUUGGUGCACCAAAACCAGAUGCCGAAAACUUUUUCCAAAACUAUUUGGGUGCCUGUGUCUUCAUUUUAUUUUACGUUGGACACAAGCUUUAUACCCGUAAAUGGAGGCUCUAUAUCAAAACUGAAGACAUUGACAUCAAUGCUGAUAGAACUAUUUUCGACCAAGAAUUGUUGAACCUUCAGAAACAAGAAGAGUCCGAAAGAUUCCAAAAAUAUUCCUUCCCAAGAAAGGUAUGGAAGGUUUUGUUUGCAUGA